AUGACCAUGAAUACUGUUAGUACUCCAUUUGUGAAAGAUAUAAGUUUCGUUCAAUGUGUUCACAUUUUGUUGGUAGUUCAUAACGUAUCUUUACUCAUGUCGCUUGAAUCUCGAUUUAAGGAACAAGAAUAUCAAGUGACAACUGAAGAAUCAGCAUGUAGUGCACUGGCGAGGCUGAAGAAAAGAAAAAGUUGUCACAAUAUUGUAAUUGCUGACAUUGACAUGCCGGAAAUGGAAAUUUUUGAGUUCGUGCGGAAAGUUCGCCAUGAAUGCACGAGCAUUCCAGUCAUUUUAAUUGCUGGGGAUGUAACAAUGGAAUUCGUGAGUGAAGCUUUUAACAAUGGAGUGUGCUACUUGUUUUCGAAAUCACCAAGCAAUAUUGAUAUCAGAAAUACAUGGCAACAUGUCUAUAGGGAGACAGGCAAAUUACCUGCUUUAACUGACAAUACUAGUCCUAUUGAUGAAGAAAAAUAUUUCAAUCAAAGUAAUGACAUUAAUCGCUGUGAUUCCGCAAUAAAACCAAAUCCAGGAAAUUCAAAGAGAAAAAUGAUAAUUACUGUUGAAGAAAAUAAAACUAUUGAGGAUGAUGUUGGAAACCAUAAGAAGUCACGCAUGACUUUGUCAACUUCUCUUCACUCGAAGUUCUUGGAUGCAAGUAACAUUCUCUGUAAACAAGAAGCAGGUGCAGGUCUGAAUUCAAUUUUGGGGAGGAUGAAGGAGUCGGGAACAUAUAGCCAACUUUCUGGAAAGCUACAGGGAUAUGGAGGUCCUAUAAAAGUCGGUACCAAUUCACAGGUAAUAGCUCCUGCAUUUAUAUCAAAGCCUCCGAUUCGGCUAAAUGCUUCACAUUUUGUGUGCUAUAAAAUGGAAGAGGUAAAACGAAAGCUAGAGGCAAUGAGCUACAACGUCCAUAAUACUAUAAAAGAAAAUAUCAAAGAUGACCAAGCAGCACAUGUUGGGAAACAAUCUCCACUAUUUCCUCACGAUUUUGCUCACAUGACCAUGAAAGGUGGUCAAGAUACGAGGAAUUGUUUUCAAGCUAAAAUUGUUGAACCAGUUGGUGUUCAAGCAGAUGACGGAAAUGGAGGGAAAACAAGUGAGGGGACGGACCAAAAUUAUAUCAGCAAAGAACAUACUUUAUUGGGUCCUCAUAAUUUUAGUGAUGGGAUAAUGCAGGCAAGUGGUCAACUGAAUACAGGCGUACGGGAUCUGAACCAAGAGCCUACAAGUGAUCUUGGAAUGGGGAUUGUUGGUUCUAAAAGUGUAGGUAAUCAGGAAAGUGUGAACCAUGUAAACUUUGAAGAAGGCACUAGUGUGCAGGGGAUGCUUGGUUUUAAAAAUGUAGGUAAGCCAACAAGUGCGAACCAUGUAAACUUUGGAGAAGGAACUAGUGAUGCACAUCACAAGUUUUCUGAAGUGUUCGAGGAUGAUGGUCUUUAA